UCCCAGGGGCCCACUCCUGCUUAAGAACACCAUGCUGGCAGGAGUGCUGCAGGGAGCCCCACAGUCAGCAGAAGGGACAGUGGCAUUAAGAAUCCUGCAGAGUGAACAUGGCCCUGAGUCCGGGCGCUAGUCUCAUUCUCCAUGAAGACCUCCAGAAGACGCCGAGUCCCAGCUCCUGUGAGGCUCCAGGAGUAAUGUCCACCACCAUGCCUAGGCCCACCCCAGACAUGGCCCUUGCUCCUCUCCCGGCACGUGGCUUGGCUGUCACUCCAGUCCUUCAUCCAGUUCUGAGUCCUGACCCAGAGGGAGCCCCUGGCCUAGUAUGUAAUGACAUUUCCAGCCCCAGCGCCAGUGGAGUCACAGCUCCAGCCUCCAUCCAGAUCAACAGCUGCUCUGUGGACACUACAGGCCAGAGUGUGAAUCACAUCGCCGGGCCCAACUCACCAGGGACUCUCAGCCCAGACUCACAACCAACUGGAAGUCCCAGCUCUACCCAGGCCACUAUUUUAAGUCCAGAGAAUCAUCCUAGGCCAUACUCUGAGGAUGUCCCCAAGUCCCUCUCAAACAAGGUUUUUGAUUUGGGCCAGAGUAACUCUAAUCCAUCCAGGCCAGAGCCAAACCUAUUUGUAAGGGCUCUUUCCAGGGAUGCGCUGGUCCGGAGUCAGAGCAUCUCCAGGCAGGGCUCACAGGUGCCUCUUCUCCUAGCCUCCAACACUUCCUUGGACCGUAUGCGCUCUGGGAACAACUCCAAGGUGAACUUGGGUCUAGUCUCCAGCCCAAAUGAGUCUAUCACAUUGACUUCACGAACUAUUUUUGCAUCUGUUUCCAAAGAAGCCUUGAGUGCACCCUGGAACACAGGCUCUAAGGGGUCCAUCAAUAUGAUUUCCAGCAGCCAACCCAGGUCUGGUUUAAAUGUGACUGUCACUCAGGCCUCACGUGUCAGCAUGAUCCCUGGUUCCAGUGAAGGUCUCAGCCUGCACUCCAGUGCCCGAAUACCCAACUCCACACUCUCUCCAUCAUCCUGCAUGACCCUGGUCCUGGGCUCUGAGUCCCUGAGCAUAGACUCCAGCUUCCUGGUAAGCGACACCUCCACCUUGACCCUGAGCAGCCAGCGAGAUUAUUCUGAGGACAACAGCAUCCGCACCAUGCCCCUAGAGGAGAAUCUGGGGAAGUGGGACAGCCUGCAGGGCGCCACGGCUUUCGGCAGCCCUCCUGAGGGAACCUCUGAAGCCGUGGAGGUCAACGUGCUGGAGAAGAAAGACGAUGACAAGACAGCGCUGGUGGAGAGCAUCAUCACUUUCCGGGAGAAUCAGGACGUGAUGGAAACGAAAGGAGAAAAGGAGACGACGAUGAAGAGGAUGAUGAGACAGAUUCAGGAGGAGCCCCUGGAUUCCCUUCUGAGCCCCACCCGCCAGCAAGCCAUGGAGACCCUGACACAGCUGAGUCACACCAAGCCUGCCCUGAGUGUCCGGGAGAGGGCGGAGCUAGUGAACACCUGUGUGCGGAGUGUGUUCUCCCUGCCCUCGGUGCAGACCAUGCAGGAGAAAGACGAGGCCAGGGCAGAAGUCAUCCAGACGCUUUACUACCAGACCUUAGAUUCCUUGCAGAAACUGCUCAAUGCCCUCUUUAUUGAAGACCCUACCCCCGCUGGACUGAAGAACAUCUUGGAGCCCCUAGGGCCCUGGAUGAACUCUGGGAAGGCCCAUGAGCGAGCGCGGGCUGUGAACAGCAACGUCUCUGUGUUGAACCACACACUCGGGACCCUGCCUUUCUUCAUGUCCUCGGGGUUCCCAGCGCUGGGUCUUCUGCUGGGGAGGCUCCUUCUUCGUAUUGGGGAUCCUGAUGAAGAGAUCGGCCGGGAAGCUCUGGACGGCAUUGCUAUCCUCUACACUAUCCUGGAUCUCCAGAAACGAAACAAGAACAAGGAAGAGAUCAACAAGAAAGAGCUGUAUGAGAGCAACAAGCGCUUCCUAGGGCCCUACAACCCUGUCAGCCCGUGCCAGAACAUUCUCCGUGUCAUUGCGGAAUUUGGAGACUUCCUGGGGCCCCAGCAGGUAAAGGACCUGCUGCUAGCAGCCUUGGAAGGCCUGAAGGACAUCUCAGAGACUCGGGGGAAGGACUCCGGGGAGAUGAUGCAGCUGGCCUCGGAGGUCACGCUCAGUUCUGUGCUGGAGUGGUACCGUCACAGGGCGCUGGAGGUGAUCCCGGAAAUCAUGCAGGGCAUCUACUUGCAACUGGGUCACAUCCAGGAGCCGCGGGCACGUGAGGUGGCCCUGCUGCCCAUCUCCUUCCUGGCCAACUCCUUCAUGACUGAGGUUGUGGUGGCCCUGCUCAUGUGCCCCCUCCCGCUGGACAGCAACGGGGCAGAGAUGUGGAGGCAGCUGAUCCUUCGGAAACCCAGCUGUGACGUCCGAGACCUGCUGGAUCUGCUCCUGACUAGCCUGAAGGAGAAGCCUGUUACCAAGAAGGGUCGGGCCUCCAUCGUGCCCCUGGCGGCAGCCAGUGGCCUGUGUGAGCUCCUGUCCGUCAACAGCUGUGUGGGUCGUGUGAGGCGGAUCUACCCUCAGCUGCUCCUGGCCCUGCUUAUUCAGGUCCAUUACCACAUCGGCCUCAACCUGCCCUGCCGUGUGGCUCCUCGAAAGGAUGCCAAAGAUGACUUCCAGCCUCCGAUCUUCGUACCUGUACGCUGGAUGGUGAAGGUGGUGAAAACCCUGCUACUGAAAAUGGGCUGCUCUUAUGAGUCUACGUUCCUGGAGGAGAAGGGUGGCUGGGAGCUCAUGGGCCAGGCAGAGAACCACUACCGGGGAGUGUCCCUGCUGGCAAGGGCCAUGGUGCAGUACUCCUGCCAAGAGCUGUGUCGCAUCCUCUACCUGCUCAUCCCGCUCUUGGAGAGAGGUGACGAGAAACACAAGGUCACAGCCACCGCCUUCUUUGUGGAGCUGUUCCGCAUGGAGCAGGUGCGGCGCAUCCCCGAGGAGUACUCCCUGGGGCGGAUGGUGGAAGGCCUGAGCCAUCGUGACCCCAUCAUGAAGGUGCUGUCCAUCCGGGGCCUGGUCAUUCUGGCCGGUAGGUCUGAGAAGAUGGCUAAGGUGCAGACCCUGCUGCCCUCCAUAGUGAAGUGCCUGAAGAGCAUGGACGGGGCGCUGGUGGUGGAGGCUGUCCAUGACCUCAAGACCAUCUUCAAGGGGCAGGCCAAGAAGCUAAUGGACAGCUCAGUCUAUGUGGAGAUGCUGCAGGCCCUGCUGCCUCACUUCAGUGAUGCAAGAGAAGAGGUACGGGUGUCCUGCAUCAAUGUAUAUGGGAAAGUGGUUCAGAAGCUUCAGAUGCCCUGCACCCAAGCCUUGGAGGAGCAGCUGACCAGCACGCUGUUGCCCCUGCUCCUCGUCGUGCAGGAGGGCAAUGCCAAGGUGGGCCAGAAAUGUGUGAAGACCCUGUUCCGAUGUUCUUGCUUCAUGAACUGGGAGUUGCCAAAAAGGGCUUACAGCCAGAAGCCCUGGGAAAACCACCUACAGACGGUGACAAAAAUUUGCAAGUAUCUUGUGAACUCUCACCGAGACAGCGUCUUCACUUUCCUCAGCCAGAGCCUGGAGUUUGCCAAGAAUCCACGGGCCUCCCUCCGGAAGGCCUCUGUCAUCUUCAUAGGGUCCCUGGUCCCCUGCAUGGAGAACAUCAUGACUGAAGAACGGCUGAAUGAAGUGAAAGCCACUCUGGAGAACUUGAGACACGAUUCAGAAGCAUCAGUGUGUAUCUAUGCGGCCCAGGCCCAGGACCACAUUAUGGCCAGUUACUGGCGGAAUUCUUGGCCGCUUCCGCAUGGGGACUUAUGGGUGUGUGACCCAUCCAAUACACACCGCUGGAGCCCCAGUUCUGAGAACCUGCCCACUUCCCACCAGCGACGCUCCUGGAUCAUGCAGGCACUGAGCUCCUGGAAAAUGUCUUUGAAGCAGUGACAUGUCAAAGCCCCCGGUCAGAUCACUGUAAAUACUAUAUGGUCAACCUCUCCAUUCAGAUGGCUUCCUCGUGAGAGAUGCCCCGGGUCCCUGGGUAGCCAUCACUCUGACAAGUCUGUGAAAAGAGCAUGGCCUACAUUUGUUGAUUUAGUUGACACUGA